AAUGUGUAGCAUAGUAAUAUGAAGACGUGAGAAUUAAACGUUGAUAGCUACUAUGUUAUAUUAUGUAUAUCAUUUUUGAAGUUUUAGAAUUUUUUUUUAAAUAUUUCUAUUAAAUUUAUAAUAACAUUUUCAAAUUAUUAACCGAAUUUACUUUUUAUUUAAAUUACUAUCUCUGGAUAUUUAACAACAAGUCUUAUUUAUAAUGGAUCAAAAUGUCAGUGAACUGACAAAUACUCUCAGAAAAUGGGAAGAGGAUUUACAAGGACCUGCUUACAAUCCUAUUCCAACAUUAGUCAAGUUGUCUGAAAUGAUAGAAGCAGAAACAGUUAAUUAUAUUAAAAAAGAUCCUGAUCCUUUUGAUGACCGUCACCCAUCACGAGUUGAUCCUACUUGUGCACUUGGUCAAAUGUUUAAAAUUUUGUUUCGCAAAGAUAAUUUUAUGACAAUGCUAGUGAAUGAUUAUUUAAAAGAAAAUUUUUGGCCACGGCGACCUAAAGAUAAUAGGGAUUUAAAUAUUGUAGCAUGUAGACUGAUGAAUAACAUUUUGCCAGGAUUAGAAACUACUGUUGUUUUUGAAACUCCUACAAAUGAAUUACUUAUCAAAAGACUUUUUUCUUGGGCAGAACAAAGUGCAGAACCUUUACAAACGUAUGCUACUGGUUUAUUAGCUUCAGCUAUGGAAAUACAAGAAAUAGCUGCUAGCUUCAGAGAAUCAAAUAAUAAACUAGUACCUAUUAUGUUAGACCGUCUUCAAUCAUUAUAUUCUCAAUUUUAUGAAGAAAAUGAAAUGAAUGAAAAUACAAAACCAUUUGCUCAUUUAAACAAUGAUUCAUCUAAAUGUGAUAAUACUGUCAUUAAACAAUCACCUAGGAAAAAAGUGCGAUAUAAAUCAACUAGUAAUCUAAACAUGGAGUUAUUAGAUGGAAUAAUUAGUGAUUCAAAUCAAUAUUCUAAGAAUAUUUCAGAUGAUACAUCCAUAGAAUAUAAAGAAAAUAGUAUGUGUGGGGAUAGUAACUCAUCUUGGAUUACAGAACCAUAUGCUAGUAAUUGGAUACAAAUUUAUCCACCAACAUUAAUUACCAAACAAGUUUUCAUUCUCAAAUAUUUGACUCCAACAGGUGAAUAUCAAGAGUUUUUAAGUCAUGCAUUUGAAAAAAAUGCUUUGACGCUAGUUAUGAAACUCAUAAAUACAGCUGACAGACAAAAUGGUUAUUUGACUUUUGAGGCACUAAAAUAUUUAGCUGCUCUUCUUUGUCAUAAAAAAUUUGCUACAGAAUUUGUUAACCUUCAAGGAUUACAGAAAUUACUUCAAAUUCCUAGACCCAGUAUCCCAGCUACUGGUGUUUCUAUUUGCUUUUAUUAUUUAUCAUACUGUGAAGAUGCUAUGGAAAGAAUAUGCCUAUUACCUGAACAUAUACUUGUUGAUCUUGUAAAAUAUGCUUUAUGGAUGUUAGAAUGUUCACAUGAUUCAAGCCGAUGUCAUGCUACAAUGUUUUUUAGUUAUAGCUUUCAAUUUAGAGUUAUUCUAGAAAUAUUUGAUAGCCAAGAUGGAUUACGAAAACUUAUUAAUGUGGUAAGCAUGUUACCAAUUCUUUCUGCCGAAGAACCAGCAUUUAGCUCAUUGACUGAAGAUGCUGAAUGCUCAGCCAGACAAAUUAUUCGUCAUGUAUGUGUUGCUCUGAAGAGAUACUUUGAAGCUCAUCUUCAUAUAAAAGCACAACAAAUACGUAGAGCUAAAAUGAGAGAUUCAGGAUUAUUAAAUUCAUCUACGGUUGUCCAUCAUACAGCAAUUCCUGGUUAUAAAUCCAAUAAAAAAUCAUCUGGUGAAAUUCAAGAAGAAAUUGAAUUAUUGUCUAAUACUGUAUCUAUGAAAAGUCAUUGGACCCCUGUAGAUAAUUUGAUGAAAUUAGGUGGCAUAAAUAUACUAUUACAAGUUAUUAAUAUGUCACAUGAUUGGAGUUUUACUGGCAGGCAUGAGUUUGAAAUGGUUAAAAGUGCUCUUGAAGUUAUAAAUAUUUGUGCAGUGUUACCAAAAGUCCAAUUAGCACUGUGUGAACCAGCCCCCAAGAUUCCAGGAGAAAAUUCUCAAGUUGAUAUAAAUAUGACUGAAGAUUCUCAAGCUGAGAAUGAAGAAGUUGGUUUAAAUAUUAUUUUAAAAGCAGCUGAAGGAGAUCCUUCAGAUGCUGAUGUACAGAAAGCUGCACUUUCAGUUAUUAUUACAUGUGCAUGUGCUCCAAUACACAGGGAUGGGGGUACAAUUGCAUAUUACUCAACUCAUGGAUCAGCCAAAAAAAAAACGCCUAAAACCAAUGACGAUAUAGUGAUAGAAAAGGUUUGGGAUUGUAUUAGAAAUAAUAAUGGCAUUAUGGUAUUGCUGACAUUAAUGACUAUCAAAACACCAAUUUAUGAGGUUGAUGCAAUUAGAGGCUUAGCGAGUCGUGCUUUAGCUGGAUUAGCACGUAGUGAGUCAGUUCGCCAAAUAAUCAGCAAGCUACCAUUAUUUAAUAGUGGUCAAUUGCAAAAUCUUAUGAAAAAUCCAGUACUUCAGGAUAGGCGACAAGAACAUGUGACAUUUCAGAAAUAUGCUCUUGAAUUAAUGGAGUUAGUUUCGGGAAAGAGUAAGACAAAUGGAGCGGAAAUAGAAGCAUCUUUAGCAAAUAUAAAUAGGGCAAAUAUUGUUGCUCAAACGAAAAUUCAUUUUAAUGAACAUCAACUGCUUCACCUUAUGUAUCAACAUCUUAUGUCCAAAGGAUUAACCAAGACUGCUGAAUCUCUAGUCCAAGAAGCUAAUAUCAAUAUAGAAGAAAAAAAAUCAAGUACAUUAUUGGAACCAUUUAAAUAUAUUGCACAAUGUCGAAGUCGAUCAAUUGGUGCGCUCUCUCCAAUUAAUCCUAGACAUAAUCAUAACCAAAAAUCUGAUUUAGCUAAUCCUUCAAGUGGUCCUCUGGGUGCUGGUUUUAGUGUUCGAGGUGUGAAUUCAUCUUCACCUAUACGUUUAAAUGUUAAUAGACGCUUAGAUUCUCGAACCAAAACAGAAACCGAACCUGAAUUUGAAUCGCCAAUGUCAAAAUCAAUUCAUAAAAAAAUAGAUCAAGAUAUUAUUCCUCCUUCUGAUAAUAAUAUGACAGUUAGUCUAGAAUCAAUUAUUACUGAGUACUUGACUAAUCAACAUGCAUCAUGUAAACAUCCAAUGGUAACAUGUCCUCAAUUUAAUUUAUUUGUACCACAUAAGUGUCCAGAUCCCAAACCCAGGAAUUUAAUGUGUACAAAUUUUGCAAUGCGAUUUUCUAAAAACAUUCAUUCCAGAAAAUUAGAUCAAAGAUUAAUACAUAGUCGAUUUUGUCCUACUCGAAUGUUCCGUAUUGAUGAUGAUGAAGGAUAUUUUACUUGUUGUGAAUUUUUGACACAAAAAAGACUUGCAGUUGGAACUUAUAAUGGAGAAAUAAAAGUUUAUAAUUUGUUUACUGGACAAGAAGAAUUAACAUUUACUGCACAUGAUUCCUAUAUUGUUAAUUUAGAAAGAAGUAAUGAUGAGAGACUAUUACUAUCAUCAGCUUCAUGGAGACCUCCUCUAACCACCUUAUGGUCUAUUGACAAUCAAUCAAUUACACUUAAAUAUUCAUUAGAUGAUGAGGAGUACUGUACUUUUAGUAACUAUUAUCAAAAUAAAAUUCUUGGUACUAAAGGAGAAAUAGCAUCGAUAUAUGAUGUUGAAACAAGUAAAAAACUGAUAACAUUAAAUCCCAAACAUUCUAACCAAUAUAGUAGAAAUAGAGCAGCAUUUGAUUCGACAAAUGAACUUGUGCUCUCUGAUGGUGUACUGUGGGAUGCAACUUCUGGUAAAGAAAUUCAUAAAUUUGACAAGUUAAAUCAAAAUGUUAGUGGUAUUUUCCAUCCAAAUGGAUUAGAGAUUAUUUCCAAUACUGAAGUUUGGGAUAUGCGUACAUUUCAGUUAUUACGCACUGUAUCAAGUCUUGAUCAAUGUAAUGUUACUUUCUCUAAAACCGGAGAAGGAAUGUAUGUUUAUGUUAUUGAUCAAGAAGUUGAUGAUGAUUCAUCUUAUCAAACAUCAUUCAAAACUCUUGACCCUUAUGAUUAUACUAAUAUUGCUACUGUUGAUGUUAAAAAGUAUAUUUAUCAUAUGGCUUGUAAUAAAUAUGAUACUCAAAUAGCUAUUGUAGAAAACCAAGGUAUAUAUGAAAACAUUGAUGAAUCGAUUGUACGCAUUUAUGAUGUUGGAAGAUCAAGAGCAGAAGAUGAAACUAUGGAAGAAGAAGAUGAAGAUGAAGUUGAAAGUGAAGGUUCCGGAUCUGAUGAUGAAAAUAUGUCUUUAUUUCCUUCAUUACUAGAAGAUUUAUUAGAUGAUCGCGGCGAAGACGAAGAUGAUGAUGAAGAUGACGACAGAGGUGAUCAAGGAUCCAUUAAUAGUAGUAUUAGCAGUUCUAGUUCAAAUGAUUCGAGAACGACUCCUUCUAGUAAUUCUAGCUAUGAUGUUAAUUCAGAUGGAGAUGAUUAAUAGUAAAAUUCAAAUUUUGAAUCCAGUAAUUUUUGUGAUAUUGUAAAUUCAAAACUAAGCAUAUACAUUCAGUGUAAAUGUACAUAAAUAGAACACUUCUCUAGUCUUUAAAUACAUUAAAUAUAAAAUUAAAAUUGUAUUCAAAUCAAAAUAUCAAGAUAAUUUGUAAGACUUUAUAACCCUUAAAUGUAUGGUCAAUUAAACUAUGAUAUUGAAUUUUUCUAUC